AUGUUCCGGAUAUUACAGAGAUAUAUCCCUGUGUGGUCAGCAUACAGCAACACCCUGGAGAUCGUGGUCACAGGUGUAUUCACAAAACCUGCAAUCUGGGCGCACCCAAGUUCCCUAAUGAAUUCAGGGGGAAAUGUGACCCUGAACUGUAGCUCAGAACUAGUGUUUGAUAAAUAUAACUUACACAAGGAGGGGAACUCACAGUAUUCCCAGCAGCUUAGUAAGAAGCUUCGUACCAGCAACUCCUGGGCUGACUUCUCCAUGGAACCUAUAACACCUGCUCUUGCGGAGACCUACAGAUGCUGUGGUUUUCACAGUCACUCCCCGUAUGAGUGGUCGGCCCCCAGUCCCCCCGUGGAGCUUAUGGUCACAGGAACCCCAACAUGUACUUGCCUGUCACCUACAGAAACAAGCACCAAGACUGGACCUUCCAGCAAAAGAACCAGAGGAGGUUACUUAUGCCCAGUUGAACCACUGGACCCUCACACAGAGAAGAGUCACACCAACUUCCCUGAGUCCCAAGUACUCAUCACCUGAGCCCAGUAUCUACAUGCAACUCACCAAAGGCCAAGCCCAGUGUCAGGCCAGACCUCGUCCCCAGGUCCUGAGCACACAGAGCAUUAUCAAGCAAGAACCUGGAUUU